AUCGCCGAGGCCGGCGCCAUCCCGCCGCUCGUCGAGCUCCUGCGUGACGGGAGCCCGGACGCGAAACAGACGGCCGCGGGGGCGCUGGGCGACCUCGCGCGCUUACACGCCAACAAGGUCCCGAUCGCCGAGGCCGGCGGCAUUCCGCUGCUCGUCGAGCUCCUGCGUGACGGGAGCACGGACGCGAAACAGACGGCCGCAGAGGCGCUGGGCGACCUCGCUCUCAACGCCAACAACAAGGUCUUGAUCGCCGAGGCCGGCGGCAUCCCGCUGCUCGUCCAGCUCCUGCGCGACGGG